AUCCCCCGAUGCCCAAUCCGCGAAUUGUUCUAUAGGCCACACAGCCAUAGGAGCCAACCGUUUACACAGUGCUUCUUCUUCUUUACCCUGCAACGGAUACACACAAAAAUGGCAAUUAUCGUAACUACAACUGCCUAUACGCCUAUUGCCCCAUUUCACCGCCAGCCCACGUAUCAAAUUUUCGCCAAAUGCAGUUUUUUGACUCUUAAUUUCGCGGGAAAUCGUAAGCCAAUGAAACAUAAAUUGAACUUACAAAAUUCCUUGGUUUCGACCAAGGCUUCUUCUUCUUCGGUGGCCCAAGCCCCAGAGCCAAUGGUUCCACCAUAUAAUGUUCUGAUCACUGGCUCUACUAAAGGAAUAGGGUAUGCACUUGCAAAAGAGUUUUUAAAAGCUAAUGACAAUGUCAUCAUAUGCUCGAGAUCAGAUGAACGAGUGCAAUCUGCUCUUGAAAGAUUGCAAUCAGAAUCAGGGAAGCUGCAUGUGUGGGGAAAGAAGUGUGAUGUUAGAAAUGGGGACGAUGUCAAGAAAUUAGUUGCUUUUGCACAGGAAAAGCUUAAAUACAUUGAUAUAUGGAUAAAUAAUGCAGGAUCAAAUGCAUAUAGUUACAAACCACUGGCAGAAGCAUCAGAUGAAGAUCUAGUUGAAGUUGUCUCUACAAAUACCCUUGGAUUGAUGAUAUGCUGUCGAGAGGCAAUAAAGAUGAUGCUAAACCAGCCUCGAGGAGGUCAUAUAUUUAACAUUGAUGGAGCCGGUUCAGAUGGAAGACCAACCCCGAGAUUUGCUGCUUAUGGAGCAACUAAACGCAGUGUGGUGCAUUUGACGAAAUCAUUACAGGCAGAAUUGAUGAUGCAGGAUGUCAAAAAUGUUAUGGUACAUAAUCUUUCGCCAGGGAUGGUUACAACUGAUCUUCUCAUGUCUGGUGCUAACACAAAGCAGGCCAAGUUUUUCAUCAAUGUGUUGGCUGAACCAGCAGAAGUGGUUGCUGAAUACCUUGUUCCAAAUAUUAGAUCCAUCCCCAGUAAUGGAUCGGCAAAAGCUACUUACAUUCGUUUCCUUACAGGAUUAAAAGCCUACUCGCAGAUAUUCUCAAGACUUGCUUUUGGUGCUCGGAGAAACAGAUAUGUUGUCGAAGAUUAGAGCACGAAAUCAGUUAUCAGUUGGAUUUUGUUUAAAAAUGCUUAGUUUCUUCUUAGGAGGCCUUCAUUUUUUCUCUUAUUCAAUAGCUAUGUUUCGUUUUCAUUUUCCCUUCCCUAUCCUUGGAAGCAAUUUUAAAGAAACCCUGUGAAGGCGUAUUACAAUUGAGAAAAUAUAUGUAAAGUUUGGGCAAAAAGAGUGUUGCUCACUCAACUUUGUAGUGCUUAUCUCAAAUUGACCGUUGAAACUUGUUCUUGGUUUCAAUGUAGUCAUUCAGUUAAAAUAUGUUAUUAUUAUUAUUAUUA